AUGGGUCGACAGGCUUAUUUGAACCGGCUCGCCUUGGGCCGGUCCCCAUAUGAAGCUCCCGACAAUGCGGCAGUUGACCCCUCCAAUCCAGUCCGACGGAUCUCCAGCGUCUAUGCAGACAACUACCUACAGCAGUAUGAUACUCGAGGCCAUCCUGUUAAUGCUGAGUCCAGAACCCUUGGGAAAGAACUCCGGAGAGCAAAGAAUGAUAUUCUCUCAACAAUGGGGAUCGUCGUCAGUGGAGAAGACCGAAACUCUGAUAUUCCCAAUGAGCAGCAAAAGAUCAAUCAGAUUGCGAGUGAGAAUGACUUCGGACUGGUCAUAACAACUCUCGAUCAGCUGUUCAUCUUUUUUGGUACUUGGUGGACCUCUUCAGUCACUGGUCGAGUACAGACUUACCGACAUUAUGCCCAUUCCGCAUUACUCAGUGUCAUACAAUCUGAGAGAGAUACCUCAGGCAUUUUUAGCUUCUAUUUCUCUGGAAUUCCUGCCUGGGCAAUGUCCAGCGGGUUGGCUAUAGCUCGUGAAACACCGCUGAAGCGUGUGUUUGUCUCUCUCCGGGACUCUGCUCAGUCUCUGACAGGCGACUCACUCGGUGUUCGUUCUCUCUUUGGGCUUCUGUAUACAUUGGCGAGAAAUUCUGUGCUCAUGUUGUCUAUGGAAUUCUACAUGUAUUCCACGCUCCAAUCUCUUUCCCUUGUGUCCCCGUAUAGCAUCCCCGGCGUGCGAUUUCUGCUUCCCUUUAGCAGAGAUUCUUUGCUACAGCUGCCACCCUUGCCCACUGAUUUCUCCCUUCACUCAGUGGGGACCUCGCUUGUGCAAUUGUUGACCUCCCCUGGCGCUUUAGUAUUUCUCUAUGGCUAUUACUUGCGACCUGAGCUUGAAGAGCGUAUCUAUCGGUUGAUCAGACGACACCUUCCUAAGCCAUCUCUUCCUGAUGAACUCUCAGUCCGCGUUGCCUUCGAAGAAAACCUGAUAGAGUGGGUAGUACCUACCCUGGGCCGCAGAUCAGAUGAGGAACUACAUCGCGCUAAGCUCACAUUAUUUGAGGACAUCAAGUUCGAAUUAGCCGUUUUUCGAAGAUGGGUAUCAUCGCUUUUUGGACUGAGAUCGAGCCAAUCGGCAGAGCAGCAAGCUCUCCGGACCUUUAGAGACGAGCGGAUUGAAAACCUGCGCAAUUCGAUUGAGUUGUUGCAAAAUGAACUUGAUGGAAUCAACCUUGUUGCUAGACAAGGACCAAAUGAUUCGGUGCUCAGACCGCCGGGGAUCACCCCCGAUGCCCAGGUUGCCGCUCUUGCAUCGCAAGCACGAUCGCGAUCACAGGAUGCAACUAGGCCAGCGCAUUUGAGCCAGGCAGAAUCAGUCAUUGGGUUGAAUCAGGUGCUUACAAAUGAAGAUCGUAUGUCUCAAUCGCCUGGGGAAAUGAGCAAUGACUUUUUCUCUGAGAUGGCGACUGCUGGACGAACGAGUCGUGUUUCGGCCACCUCGACCCUGCAAAACCAAACAGGCUCUUUGCAAAACGAUGUGAAUUUUGCUAUGGACCGAGAAAGCUCACAGUCUGAUACUCUCUUUUCUCCCCCAUCAUCACCAGACACUUCACCUCCUACAUCGCCUCGUGUAAGAGCAUCAUUGAUUCACCAAACCUCCGACGUUAUCACGAUGCAGCUUGAGUUGCUGAGCAAUAGGAACCGCCACCCACAAAUACAAGCUUCAAAUCCUGCCCAGCUGAAUGCACUAGCGGGCAGGAAUGUGUCAGGACCAAAUGCGAACCCAGACGCCAUGGAUAGACGAUCCAUAGCUGAGUUCCUUGAAGCUCUUAUCUUAAGUCAGGCCCAGCGGCAGGAGCAGCAGGCGCAGAACCUAGCGGCAGCAGACACGGAUGGCCUCUCAAGUAUCACUGCUGGACAAUCUAACACAACGCCCCAGGACUCAGGUGCCCUUGAGCUAGACCCUCGAGUUCUGGCCCCAGAAACCCAAGGCACUGAAGCUCUAACUUCAGAGUCAAUCGAGGAAGGAAUCGGGUCCAUCGGUCCAAACAUUCUUCCAGAUGGUGUUGAAGAACCGGAUGACGAAGAGCCACACAAUGAAACAAACCCUGUCGCAAAUACAGAACACAAUGAAGACACUCAAUCCGACACUCUCGUCCAGCCAAUUCUACCUUCUUCUCUUAUUCCCGGACAAUCGUCAAACACAUUUUCGCAAGUCCACCGCGUCACCCUUCUUUCGGCAUACCCAGUGGACUCCCUCGCAUCUCAUCUCGCUGCUGCAAUCAGCGGCAUCAUGCUCGCGCCCCUUGAAGCACUCUAUCUUCGCUCAUUGACCCGAUCCUGGAUCAUAUCACAUCCAUCCUCUACUAUCCAUCUCUCCGAUGUUCACCCAUCGGAUCUUUGGUUUGGCGGGAGAACUUGGCCAGACAUAUGGGCCUAUUCCUGCCGUCUCGUACUCAUGAGAGGCAUGCAAGUUGCGAUGAGAGCCGGAAUUUGGGGGUUCCUUGUAGGCUCCACGAUGAGGAUAGGGAGGAAAUUCUGCGGCUGGGGAACCUUGUGA